AAUUAAAAAGUUAAUAACUGCGGGCAACGUACUGUAUAGUUCAUAUAAAUAUACAAGUGCUUGAAUUCUCUAUCCAUGCAUAAACAAUUGAAGAAGAAUAGAUAUCCGGCGGGCGGGCAUAUAUACCAUCAUGUCGUCUGGCUCAUUCAUUUCAAUUCCAAUGGCAAUACUCGUGUGCGUGUUGUUCCUCCUCGUACCGUCCUCAGAAUCUGCAGUAUCAAGACUUGGAAAUGCCCAAAGAGUAGCAGCAUCUGCGGAGGUGAAGUGCGCGGAAGAUCAGGCUGCUGCGGCAGCGCCGCCGGCGAAGCAAAGAACAUGGUGCAUAGCAAAGCCGUCGGCAUCGUACCAGGAGCUGAUAGACAACCUGGGGUACGCAUGCAACUUGGUCAACUGUUC